GUCACAACAAUAGUUGAUUCUCUUGUCAAAAUUCUACCAUAGAAAAUCGAAAUCCACAUAGUUUUCUUAGAACCCGAUUCCCCAUUUAGUACCUCGUCAUUUUUCUAGCACCAAAUUCCAACACAACCCCGUGAAUACAUCCGAAAUUAUUGUGUUUUCGCGGUUUCGCGAGUGUCAGGUUAAGAGCGCUCCACCUUUCAGGUAAACAGGACAAAAGAGCUGAUCUCAAGGGCCACUGACUUAAAGACCAAGGAAACGAUCGUAGGGAGAAACCAAAUUCGAGCACCGUUGUUGAAUCCUUGAGCUGUAAAUGGGUCGCACAAAUGUUUACUAAAAUUCUCAUUGAUAAAAUGGACAAGAAGGCCUCGCAGCGACAGCAACACCCCCAGCCGACUAUGUCCAAAUCCAUGUACUAUCCUAUGAGAGUUACGCCCCACCAUGAGAAAUCCGCCACGGGAGGCAUGGGUGUUGGAGCUUCCAACGCAUCCAGGCCGGCUUCCGGAACGAGAAUUUCCGCCACCACGCCGACAACGACGUCGAAUACCUCGCACAAAGACCGCUCCACCCGCCAGCUAACCAGGAAGACAACCAAUCCACCGCCAGGCGAACGGGAGGAGGUGAUGAUGAACAGGUACUUUAACAGCAAAAGCUCCAUGAUGAACUCGAGCCUUCACGCCUCCGUUCCGAGUCGCCACCAGCAGCAGCAGCAACAGCAGCUCUCCAGGACGACUGUGGAUCUCUCCGAGAAACUGGCCAAAAUCAACCGGCGGGCGGCCAUCAAGGAGCUUUCGGCUCUGCAGCAAAAGAACAUGCAGUCCAAUGACAAGAACGAGGAGGCCCUCAAGGACCUUCAGGAGAGCAUUCCGGAGAUAAGCAAGAUCUUUGAUGUGCACUGCCGCAUCGGAAGCGGCACGUUCAGCACUGUGCUGAUGGGCACCCUGCAGCGCGAAAGGAACUUAGGGGAGACCCAGAGGCGGCGGUUCGCCAUCAAGCACCACAACCCCACCAACCACCCGGAGCGCAUCCUGCGGGAGCUCGAGUGCAUGUUCCGCAUCGGCGGGGUGGACAAUGUGAUCGGCAUCAACUGUUGCAUCCGGUACAACGACAACGUGGCCUUCGUCAUGCCCUACAUGACCCACGACCGGUUCCACGACAUAUACCGGCAGCUCAGCCUGCAGGAGGUGCGCGACUACCUGCGGAACCUGCUGAUAGCCCUGCGGCAUGUCCACAAGUUCAAUGUGAUCCACAGGGACGUGAAGCCAAGCAACAUCUUGUUCAACCGACGGACGGGCAAGUUCCUGCUGUGCGACUUCGGCCUGGCCCAGAGGUUAGCGGAGGACGGCUCCGUGGUGCCGUCGAACGAGCUCAACUCUCACGCCGUGUCGGCCCUGAUGAAGGACAUGGAGAAGAGCAGGAGCGCCGGAGCCUUGCAGGAUGGUAACUCGGCCCAGGCUGAAGCGGAGGACUACAUGGCGAAUCGCCGGGUGCGGGCCCAGGGCGGCGGCGUCAGCUCGGCUGCGGUGGAUCCGAUGGCGAACUUGCAGAAGCUGCGGGAACAAAUCAGCGCCCACCUCUCUAAGAAGGAUAUUGCCGCCCAGAAGGCGGACACGGCGCGCCUGGUGAACCGCCUGCGCCUGACCAGCCCGAAUGUGGACCCCAACGGCUACGUGCUCCCCACGAACAACACCAAGAAGGAUAUGCACGCCUCGCGAGCCGGCACUCCAGGCUAUCGGCCGCCCGAGGUACUGUUGCGGCAUCCCCACCAAACCACGGCGGUGGAUAUCUGGGCUGCCGGGGUGAUAAUGCUAUCGAUGCUCUCGGCCCUGCAUCCGUUUUUCAAGGCUCCCAACGACUGCGCAGCUCUCUCCGAGAUCAUUAACCUGUUUGGAGACAUCACGGUGCGAAAGACGGCCUUCAUGCUGGACCGGCUGAUCAUGCUCAGCCAGAAAGUGUCUGCCCUGGACCUGCGGCGGGUGUGCAUGCGCUUCCGAUACGCGGACUUCUUUCUGGCGCCCGAGCUGCACAGGCGCCAUCGGCGCGCCGACGGCAGCACCGAGCUGUGCCGAAAUUGCGAGCAGCCGACCUUCAACUGUCUGUGCCGGCACAGCGGCCACCACCUGGAAAUGUACGACGGACUGGACAUCUUCCCCGCCAACGCCUAUGACCUGCUCGCCCGUCUGUUGGAGGUCGAUCCCCAGAAGCGGAUCUCCGCCGAGGAGGCGCUGAAGCACCCGUUCUUCAGCGACCACCACAGGAUAACGUCGGGCAUGCCGGUGAUCAGCCCACACAUCCAGCAGCACCAGCACCAGCUGAAGGCUAGGGAGACGUUGCCGUCAGGGACAAGUCCGGGGCGCACACUUCAGCCGUACGUGUCCUUCCCCUCAGAUCUGACCGCCGCGUCAGCCACUGUGGUGACCUCUGCAACCAUGGCAGGAGAAGCAUCUGUGACAGGAGAACCCGGAUUAGCAGAAACUCUGGUGGUCGCUUCUUCCACCCCGACUGCGGCAAAUGUUUGAUUUUGCACUGCGCCCAUAUUUGUUGUGUGUAUGGUGUUACGUUGGCUUUCCUUACAUUUUGGACUUGAAAGCGAAAGAGCUGGAGCGGGGAGGUGGGAGGGUGGCGGGUAACGUUGUUGUUAUUGACCCCGCCUGUUGGGCCCCUUCGGCCUUUUCGGGCUUCAAGGACGAAGCAGUUAUUCCUCAGCCCCUUGUGAACGACGAAAUUUUUAUUGUGAAAAAAUAUAACAAAAAAAAGAUAA